AUGACUGAUAAAGUGAAAUAUGUCGGAGCCAUCGAUGAGGGCACGUCAUCAGCCCGUUUUAUCAUCUUCAAGGCGGGUACAGAUGAAGUUGUGUGUUAUCAUCAGGUAGAAGUUCCCUCCAUUUAUCCCCAAGAAGGCUGGGUGGAACAGGAUCCGGUGUUGAUCUAUGAUAUUGUCAAGACCUGUAUUGAUGAGGCCUGCACGAAGUUGGAAAAGUUGGGAGGUAGUGUUAAGGAUAUUGUUGCCGUAGGUGUGACCAAUCAAAGAGAAUCGGUUAUUGUAUGGAAUCGUCACACAGGCGAGCCUCUACACAACGCCAUUAUAUGGUUGGAUAAUCGUACUACCACCACAGUAGAUGACCUGAUCGAGUCGAUACCGAAUAAUUCCAAAAAUAUUAACUACCUCAAACCGCUGUGUGGUCUGCCGUUGUCACCAUAUUUUUCGGCACUAAAAUUACGCUGGUUGCGUGACAAUGUACCGGCUGUUAAAAAGGCCAUGGAUCAUGGCGAUGUUAUGUUCGGAACCAUUGAUUCCUGGUUAAUUUACAAUUUAUCUGGUGGCCCCAAUGGUGGCCUGCACAUAACCGAUGUUACAAAUGCCUCGCGUACCAUGUUAAUGAACAUUGAAACUCUGCAAUGGGAUCCACAUCUAUUGAAAUUUUUCGGUUUGCCAAAUACGAUUUUACCGAAAAUUGUAUCCAGCUCUGAAGUUUAUGGUCAGAUAAAAGAUACCGAUCUUAAGGGUAUACCGAUAACGGCGUGUUUGGGUGAUCAACAGGCUGCCUUGGUGGGUCAACAGUGUUUGCAUAGAGGACAGGCGAAGGCUACAUAUGGUACGGGCUGUUUUCUGCUUUAUAAUACCGGUACUGCUAUUGUAACCUCAUCGCAUGGUUUGCUCACCACGGUCGGUUAUCAAUUUGGUAAAGAUUCAAAUCCCACCUACGCUCUGGAGGGUAGUGUUGCCAUUGCUGGUGUGGCUUUGACAUGGUUACGUGAUAAUUUGGGAUUAUUUGAAUCGCUAGGACAGGUGGAGGCUAUGGCUCGAUUGGUAGACAAUUCAUUGGAUGUGUAUUUUGUACCGGCUUUCAGUGGUCUCUAUGCACCCUAUUGGAAUCAAGAGGCUAGGGGGGUCAUCUGCGGUCUAAGCGAAGAAACAACCAGCGAACAUAUUGUUCGUGCCACCUUGGAAUCUAUUUGCUUCCAAGUUCGUGAUAUUUUAGAUUCCAUGAAAAAGGAUUGCGGCAUUCCUUUGGCCAAAUUAAUGGUUGAUGGUGGUAUGACUGUUAAUUCUCUGUUCCUACAACUGCAAUCCGAUUUGGUUGGCAUUAAUGUAAUACGUUCAAAAAUUGCCGAAACCACAGCCUUGGGUGUGGCAUUGGCAGCCUAUCGUGCCAUCGAACCCUCCUUUAACAUCGAAGAAGGUCUAUCGGCUGGCGAAGAACGUAUCCAACAUAAACCAAAAAUAUCGGAAAACGAACGGGAUAUGCGUUAUCAUAAAUGGAAAAUGGCCGUUGAACGUUCAAUUGGUUGGGAUACAUCGGCUGCUGCAACGGGUAAUCGGGAUUUGUUUGAUUAGUGUUUUGAG